UUUUUGGGGCAGUAAGAUCGAGCGAGGAGCCCAAGAGCGAGCGCGCAGCCCGAGAGCUCGAGCCGCCUCCGCCGCGAGACCCCACCUCGGCCGCCGCCGCCUGCGCCGCGAGAGCCGCCACCGGCCUCCCAGAGAGCGAGCCCCGGCCGCCGCGACCUCCAGCCGCGCCAACCGCCGACCAACCGCCACCGAGGUGCCCGAGUGAGAGCAGAGGAGGCGGCAUGAGCGAGGCGGGCGAGGCCACCACCACCACCUCCACCAGCACCACCCUCCCGCAGGCUCCGGCGGAGGCGGCCGCCGCGGCCCCCCAGGACCCCGCGCCCAAGAGCCCGGUGGGCAGCGGCGCGCCCCAGGCCGCGGCCCCGGCGCCCGCCGCCCUCGUCGCAGGAAACCCCGGUGGGGACGCGGCCCCCGCAGCCACGGGCACCGCGGCCCCCGCCUCUUCAGCCCCCGCCGGCAGUGAAGACGCGGAGAAAAAAGUUCUCGCCACCAAAGUCCUUGGCACUGUUAAAUGGUUCAACGUCAGAAAUGGAUAUGGAUUCAUAAAUCGAAAUGACACCAAAGAAGAUGUGUUUGUACAUCAGACUGCCAUCAAGAAGAACAACCCACGGAAGUACCUGCGCAGUGUAGGAGAUGGAGAAACUGUAGAGUUUGAUGUGGUUGAGGGGGAGAAGGGUGCAGAAGCAGCCAAUGUGACUGGACCGGAUGGCGUUCCCGUGGAAGGGAGCCGUUAUGCUGCUGAUCGGCGCCGUUACAGACGUGGCUACUAUGGCAGACGCCGUGGGCCUCCCCGUAAUGCUGGUGAAAUUGGAGAGAUGAAGGAGGGAGUCCCAGAGGGAACACAACUUCAGGGACCGGUUCAUCGAAACCCAACUUACCGCCCAAGGUACCGGAGAGGCCCUCCUCGCCCCCGACCUGCCCCAGCUGUUGGAGAGGCUGAAGAUAAAGAGAACCAACAAGCGGCCAAUGGUUCAAACCAGCCAUCUGCUCGCCGUGGAUACCGGCGCCCAUACAACUACAGGCGUCGCCCCCGUCCUCCUAAUGCUCCUUCACAAGAUGGCAAAGAGACCAAGGCAGGCGAAGCGCCAUCUGAGAACCCCGCUCCAGCCACCGAGCAGAGCAGUGCUGAGUAACACCAGGCUCCCCAGGCACCUUCACCAUCAGCAGGUGACCUAAGGAAAUUAAUGACCAUUAGAAAAAGAAAGCACAGAGCAGACCGUGACCUUACCAACACCAAAGAGACAUGCAAGCAAUAAUGUGGAAGAGUCAUGACCAAGAUGUGGCCAUUAGAACGUUUACUAUUCUUUAUGAAACAGACAACUAUGAAAGGAAAAUGUCAGCCAAGUUUCCUAGCCAGCUGAGAUCUGGGAAUGCCUGCACACAAGACGAGAGAGCAACCUCCCCAGUUUCAGCAACCACUAGGUUUAUAUUUUUUUUCCUGGUUUUUACUGUUUUGGUAAUAUGAAUUCAAAGAAGAAAUAUUAAUACCACAUGGGGAGAACCCCAACCAAAGAAAUCUGAAAUAUAUAGUAAAUGCUUUUUUUCCCCCCUUUUUUGUUCAUUUUGGAUGCUGGUGCUAAACUUCCAAGUGUCGUGAUUUAAAAAGAAAUUUUAUGCCCUUCUUAUUUAUUUCUAGGAUGAGGGGAGGAUAACAUUUUUGCUUUCUUACGUGACUUGCUAAAAAUGUGCAGUAUGGAGUUCCUCAAAAAUAAAAUUUUUACCCGUGAAAGGAAAUGAUGUAUAA